CCAGCAGGCGGAAGUGAGGUGUGUUUUGCGUUGCCGCUGGAGGCGGAAGUAGUGUCGGUGAGGAAAAGCAGCUUGGACCCGGGGAUUUGGGAUUUCCUUCCAGCUCCCGCUCGACCACUCAUCACAAGGCAGAUGGCUGCCAACAGUAACAACUUGCAGAAAGGUAUAGACCUUGCAAGCAAAGCAGCUCAAGAAGAUAAGGGAGGAAACUAUGAAGAAGCCCUACGGUUAUACCAAUGUGCAGUGCAAUACUUUUUGCAUGUUGUUAAAUAUGAAGCUCAGGGUGCUAAAGCAAAAGAGAGCCUUAGAGCAAAGUGUACAGAAUACCUUGAUCGAGCUGAGAAACUUAAAGAAUAUCUGCAAAAAAAACAGAACGUCAAAAAGCCAAUUGAAGAGUCAAAUACAAGUGAUGACAAAGGGAAUGAGAGUGAUGGUGAGGCUGACAAUUCAGAGAAGAAGAAGUUACAGAGUCAACUACAAGGUGCCAUUGUUAUGGAGAAGCCAAAUGUGGGUUGGAGUGACAUUGCAGGUUUAGAAGGUGCCAAAGAAGCUCUUAAAGAGGCUGUGAUUUUGCCCAUCAAGUUUCCUCAUCUCUUUACAGGUAAACGAACUCCAUGGAGAGGAAUCCUUCUGUUUGGUCCUCCUGGAACUGGCAAAUCCUAUCUGGCAAAAGCCGUGGCAAAAGAAGCAAACAAUUCUACAUUUUUUUCAAUCUCCUCUUCUGACUUGGUCUCUAAAUGGCUUGGAGAAAGUGAAAAGUUGGUAAAGAAUUUAUUUCAACUUGCCCGAGAGCACAAGCCUUCAAUUAUCUUUAUAGAUGAGGUUGAUUCUCUCUGUGGAUCGAGGAGUGAAAAUGAAAGUGAAGCUGCAAGGCGUAUUAAAACUGAAUUCUUGGUCCAGAUGCAGGGUGUUGGAGUAGAUAAUGAAGGAAUUUUGGUACUUGGAGCAACAAAUAUCCCAUGGGUUCUGGAUUCUGCCAUAAGAAGACGAUUUGAGAAACGUAUCUACAUUCCAUUACCUGAACAGGGUGCUCGUGCUAUAAUGUUUAGAUUGCACCUUGGGACAACGCAGAAUAGUCUGACUGAUGAAGAUUAUCGGAUAUUGGCGAAGAAAACAGAAGGAUAUUCUGGGGCUGACAUCAGUAUCAUAGUACGAGAUGCUUUGAUGCAGCCAGUCAGAAAGGUUCAGUCAGCUACUCAUUUCAAGACGGUCAGAGGUCCUUCAAAUGCAGAUCCAUCCGUGAUUGUGGAUGACCUUCUAACGCCAUGUUCACCUGGUGAUCCUAAUGCUUUGGAGAUGACCUGGAUCGAUGUUCCAGGGGAUAAGCUUCUGGAGCCUGUAGUGUCCAUGCCUGAUAUGAUGCAAUCGUUGGCAAGCAUAAAACCGACUGUUAAUGAUGAGGACUUGGAGAAGUUGAAGAAAUUCACAGAAGAUUUUGGUCAGGAAGGCUAAACCAUAAGACCUUAAUUUGCACUGCAGAAUAUUUUUUUCUUGUACAUCUCUUUUUUCUAUUCACUUAAAUCAAUUGCAUACUAUAGUAAAGGUUUAUUUUUCUCUUCAUUUUAUUAUUGGAACUAUUGUGUUUCAGGCCAUGGGACUUAAUAUAUAUAGUCUUAACUCCAACUUUAUAUAAUACUAAUUUCUACAUUUGCCUUUAGGAAACUAGUUCUCAUAUCUAAUAAUCUAAAAAAGGCUAAGAGAAACAUAAUAUAGAUUUCAUCGAGGGUUUAGCAUGAUAUUUAAACAACAUUACUGAAAUUAUUAAGAAUUUUAAAAUGAAUGAAGUACCCUGUACAUACAAUGUGCUGACAUUAUUAAGGAAUGUAAAAUAAUCUUGGAUAUCAUUGGUACAUUCUAAAUACUUUGUGAAUGGGGCAUUUUAAAGAGACUAUUUGCACAUAAGCUCUAAUAACCGUACUGCCCAUAGGAUUGACCAUUUCAUUGUACUUCAGGUAGGCUCUAAAAUUUCCAGCUGUGUGUAAAAUAUAAACUUGAAGCUUUGUAUUGAAGAAAUUGGGACUACUUAUGCAGUUAUUUGUAUUCAAAGAAAUACGAAUGAAGUGAUCAACUUCCAUAUAUGUAGAUUUUUUAUAAUGGAAACCUGUUUGGGAGCCGUUAUAUUUCCUGUUUAAUUUCUGUUUUUUGUAAAUAAAGCUUACAUCUACCUAA